AUGCCAAUUUCAUAUACACCAGCGGCUCAACCCAUUCUAGUAAAAUGGAGUGCAUCUCAUCUGUCGAAUAAUCUUACCAUAUAUCGUCCAACUGAACCACGUCAAUCGAAAAUGUUUGGUGUAUCACAUAAAAGUGGUUUUGCUAUGGCAACUGUAUCCGAAGAUGGAAUGAAACAAAUACAAGGUCAAGUGAUAUGCCGAGCUAUUGGAAAUAAUAAUACUCCUGUACCGGAAAAUGAUGCUCGAUUUAUUGCCUAUGUUGUUCAAGCUGCAUAUGUUAAUUUACCAGUUCGAAAUUUACUUGUUUUAGCUUGUACAAAAAGUAUCCAGAUUUAUGAACCGGAUGGAACAACGAAUCUUCACAUUCAUAUGCUUGAUAAAACUCCUCCCAAUCGAACAGAAUCAUCUAUUUAUUCGCGAGGUAUUGCUGGUGUUGGUCAAAAUUUACUUUGUGUUGGUGAAAUACUCCUAUUUAGCGUUCCUCCAAAAGGUACCAAUAUAUUUUUAAAAGAAACCAUUCCAGCUCAUCAAUAUGGUAUAACAGGUUUAGUAUCAAAUAAUGAACUGUUAAUUUCAAGUGAUACAAAUGGCACAAUAUUAAUCUGGGAUAAUCGUACAAUGUUACAAAAGAAUGUUAUUGAACCAAUGGACGAUAGUGGCAUAACAUCAUUAUCAAUAUGGAAAAAUUGUAUAGCAGCUGGUUAUGCCAAUGGAAUGAUUCGAUUUUUUGAUACUGGAAGUACUCACAUUGCUGGUUCGAUUACUGCACAUGCACGAUGUAUUAAUGCAAUUGAUUGUAAUGAAGAAGGAUUAGUGGCUUCUGUUAGUGAUGAUUGUUAUGUUAGAAUUUGGAAGUUAUCAGGUGAUGCAGAAAAUUUACAGAUUUCACACGAAUGUAAUUAUCAUAUUGAAAAUAAUCAAUUGAUUGGAGUAAAAUUUGUACAUUUAUCGCGUGCUGAUAUAGCCAUAUCGACAUAUGAUUCAAAUGAAAUUAUAGUUCUUCGUGCCUGA